AUGUCCUUAUCCUCGGUGAAUGCCAUCAUCAUCCUUAACAUCGAUGACGGCUCGAGGAUAUUCGCGAAGUACUAUAAUGCACCCCACCACGCUCCCACAGCUUCGUCGACGACCCAUCACCACCAACCGAGCGGACCAUUCGCCGACGUCAAGUCGCAGAAGACUUUCGAGAAGGGUCUAUUAGACAAGACAGCAAAGCAGACCGGUGAUAUCAUCCUCUAUGAUAACCGGAUCGUCCUAUAUAAAAUGGAGUCCGACGUAAUGAUGUAUGUCGUAGGCGGUGUGGAUGAGAACGAGGUCCUCCUAUACAACGUCAUCUUGGCCCUAAGAGAUUCGCUACACCUCCUAUUUAAGCAAUCGGUUGAUAAGCGAACGAUAAUCGAGAACUACGACCUGGUCUCGCUGGCGAUUGACGAGAUCGUAGACGAUGGUAUCAUCUUGGAGACUGACCCGACCAUCAUCGUACAAAGAGUUAGCAAGGCGCCGACGCAGGAUGUCAAUCUCAGCCGUAUCGACCUUAGUGAACAAGGAGUUAACAACUUGGCGCAAUUAGGAAAGGCCAAACUGACAGAUUGGUUGAGGCAAGGCUUGUAA